CGGCUAUUUAAGGGCUGGAGUUAAAAACCAAUGGGUGUUUGACCUAAACACUCCUUACGCUUUAAAAGACAUUUCCUCCCACAUCGACUCUCUCUCUCUUUCUCUCUCUCUCUUGUCAGAAACGAAGCUGAGCCCCAGCCUGAGCUGUAAACGGUGAGGGAAGAUAAGGAGCCUGGCUGAGGGAGGAUUGACAGAGCUGCCUGCCACCUUGCUUGGAGCAGUGACGCAAGAAAGAGCAAAGCAUCCUCUCUCUGGGUGGGCUGAAUUUGAGGAGCCUUGGAUGAGCUCCACGUGUUGAAUGCAGGAGAAUAUUCAAUCUUACCAUCACAGAUUGUUCGUUGUGAGCAGCAUUGCCCUUGAAACCAGAAGUUUUUCCCCAGUACCUUUUCUAUACGUCUAGCAUGGGCACACACAGUCUUCUAGGCUUCCUUCUUCUGAUUACUUUGAUUAGUUUAACAAAUGCUGGAUUUGUCAAGAAAAUCCUCCGCCAUAAACGACAGACUCUUUCUCCCCCUUCAGAACACAAUGUGACCUUUCCGAGUGCAGACCAUCCAGUGGUUUUCAGUCAUGUUUAUAAUAUCAACGUUCCUGAAAGUUCCCUGUGCUCUGUAGACCUGGAGUCACCUGAGGGUGCACACGUCCAUUCUAAAGACAUAGCAGCAGUUCCACAGGGCCACCAUGUCACUGAACAUACCUUUAAUGGGGAAAACCAGAUUUUAUUCACCCAUCGCAUCAACAUACCUCGGCAGGCCUGCGGUUGUAAAGAUGACUUUCCAGGCCUGAAAGAGCUCAUGAGCCGUCUGGAGAUGCUUGAAGGAGAAGUUUCAGCUUUGAGGGAUCAAUGCAGCAGUGAACAGCUUACAGGAGAGUUAGGAACGAAACCAUACUGUAACGGCCAUGGAAAGUACAGCACUGAAACAUGCGCCUGCAUAUGUGAUCCUGGCUGGAGGGGGCCCAACUGCACUGAGGGCGAGUGUCCCACGAGCUGCCAGGACCGUGGCCGCUGUGUGGAUGGAAAAUGUGAAUGUUACAAGGGCUUCACCGGAGAAGACUGUGCCCUCAAGACCUGCCCAAUGGAUUGUGGAGCCCAUGGCAUCUGCGAAAGAGAAGUUUGUGUCUGCUCAGAUGGUUUCUUUGGGGAAGACUGCUCGGAAAGUCGGUGUUUGAACAACUGCCUUGGCCGUGGUCGCUGCGAUGAGGGAGACUGCAUAUGUGAUGAACCUUGGACUGGCUUAGACUGCUCUGAACUCAUCUGUCCCAAUGACUGCUAUGACCGAGGACGCUGUGUUAAUGGCACCUGCUACUGUGACGAAGGCUUUAGUGGGGAGGAUUGUGCAGAUUUUUCUUGCCCCAAUAACUGCCGUGGCAAUGGUUUCUGUGUUGAUGGUAAAUGUAUUUGCACUGUUGGAUACAGUGGACAAGACUGCUCUCAGCUCACCUGUCUGAAUGACUGUAAUGACAGGGGAAGGUGCUUCAAUGGAGUCUGCAUCUGUGACUCUGGGUACCAAGGUGAAGACUGCAGCCAGGUUGCAUGUGUGAAUAAUUGCCACAACAGAGGCCAGUGCAUCAACGGAAGGUGUUCUUGUGAUGCCGGCUUUCAUGGAGAUGACUGCUCCGAACUCUCCUGUCCGAACAACUGUCAGCUGAAGGGGCGCUGUGUUAAUGGACAGUGCGUUUGCGAUGAAGGCUUUGCAGGUGAAGACUGCAGCAUACACACCUGUCCGUCAAACUGCUAUGGGCGUGGGGAGUGUAUUGAGGGACGCUGUGCAUGCCAUGUGGGCUACGUUGGUGAAGACUGCAGUCAGCUGAGCUGCCCAAACAACUGCAAUAACCGUGGCAGGUGCAUCGACGGGCAAUGUGUGUGCGACGAGGGGUUCAGUGGGGAAGACUGCAGUCAGAAAGCUUGUCUCAAUGACUGCCUGGCAAGGGGUUACUGUAUUGAUGGCAAGUGCUUCUGUCAUGAGGGAUACACAGGAGAAAGCUGCUCUAUCCUCGCUUGUCCAGAGAACUGCAACAACAGAGGGCGCUGUGUCAAUGGGAGGUGCACAUGUGACAGUGGAUAUGAAGGGGAGAGCUGUGCAGACCUGAGCUGCAUCAACAACUGUCAGGACAAAGGUCGCUGUGUGAAUGGUCAGUGUUUCUGCGAUGAGGGGUACAUCGGAGAAGACUGUUCCGAAGUGUCUCCUCCAAAGGACCUGACUGUUGGCGAAGUCAGCACAGAAACUGUGGACUUGUCCUGGAACAAUGAAAUGCUGGUCACUGAGUACCUCAUUACGUACGUCCCCACGAGUCCAGGGGGUCUCCUCAUGGAGUUCACUGUUCCUGGAGAUAAAAACGCUGCAACCGUUAAAGAGCUGGAACCUGGCAUUGAAUACCUGAUCAGUGUCUAUGCUGUCCUGAGCAACAAGAGGAGCAUUCCUGUCAGUGCAAGAGUGGCCACAGAUCUCCCACAGCCAGAAGGUGUAAGAUUCAAAUCAGUGAGGGAAACAUCUGUAGAGGUUGUCUGGGACCAGCUGGACAUUUCGUUUGACAGCUGGGAGAUUUAUUUCCGCAACACGAAAGAGGAAAAUGGAAAAGUUGUGAGCACUCUUCCACCUUCCCAAAACGAGUUUCUCCAGUCUGGGCUUGGACCAGGACAGGAAUAUGAGGUCUCCAUCAACGUUGUGAAGAACAACACCAGAGGACCCCAAACAUCUAGAACUGUCACCACCAAGAUUGAUGGCCCAAGGCAGGUGGAGGUGAAGGAUGUCACAGACUCCUCGGCGCUAAUCAGCUGGUAUCUGCCAGUGGCUCCAGCGGAUGGGGUCACCAUUUUUUACAUGCCCAGCUCCAACCACUCAGAUGAAACCACAGUUGACGUCUCUCCAUCAGACAAACAAUACAGCAUAGACAACCUGAAACCAGACACAGAGUAUGCUGUGUCAAUCAUUUCAAGGCACAAAGAGGCGACCAGUGACCCUGUUACCACCAUAUUUACAACAGAACUGGAUGCCCCCACAGCGGCGCAAGCUGUGUCUCAAACCGAUGACAGCAUCACUCUAGAGUGGACCAACAGUCAAGCUGAUGUCAGCAGUUACCGAGUGAAGUACACCCCCAUCUCUGGCUCCAGUCAUGGUGAGAGAGUCUUCCCACGAGGAUCAGGACGCACCACUCAGGCUACCAUCACUGGGCUGAAGCCAGGCACAGAGUACGGGGUGGGGGUGACAGCUGUGAAGCAUGAAAGGGAGAGCCUCCCUGCUACUACAAAUGCAGCAACUGAGCUCGACCCCCCGAGGGAUUUCAAACAGAUCAGGUCCACCGAGACAUCCCUCAGCGUCAGCUGGCAGAAACCUCAGGCUAAACUCAGUGGCUACAGGCUGGAGUACAUGUCCAGAGAUGGUCAGGCUGAACAGGUGGACAUCCCAGCCUCUGCAAACACAUUCGUCCUUUCUGACCUGAUUCCUGGUAUGAGCUACACCAUGACUCUGACUGCAGAGAGGGGGCACAAGAGGAGCAGGCCUGUCUCCCUGACAGCAUCCACAGCCACUUUAACUUUUUAUUUAGCUGCCUCGGACGACCAUGAAAUAAGGACUCCUCCAGGCUCGGAGGACAUCGUCAGUAGCUCUGUAAUUUUAGACACGCCCGAGUCCCAGAUCUUUGAGACGGAGCCUGAGGACAAGCAUGGAAAGCUGACUAUCUCAGCCGUUGCGUCAGAUGGGUUUGACCUCGCAUCAAAGCUUAAAAUUCACAGAGCCAAUGAUGAUGUUGCUGCAAAAUAUAAGGACACUCAAAAAUGGCUGGAUGGGAGAGAGGUCCAAUUUCCUGCAGAUUCCGACGGGGCUAGAAUCAGUGUCCUGAAGCCAUAUCAAACUGAGUUGUUUGAAAUAAAGAGUAGCCAGGCAUCCUCAAUCCAUGAAGCUGUUGCAGGAACAGCACCUCCAGAUGUGCUUGCCCUGAGCAUCAAAGAAGCACCAACAACUGCAAUCUCAGCUCAGGAUGAAGAGAACCAUAAACAUGGCUACGAUAUUAGCAGUGAAGCGCCCUCAGAUAACGAGGAGAUGAUCUCCGGGGCUGAGCCUGAGAGCUCCGGCAUGGAACUUCUAAGCAACCUUACCCCGGUAAAUGUUACCGCGACAAGCAUGAGCCUGGUGUGGUCAGCCCCUGAUGAAGCGUUUGACAGCUUUUUGGUGGAGCUUGUUGCUCCGUCAGCUGCUGCAGCGCAGCCUCGUGUGACCACAAUACCCGGAGGUUUGAGGAAGGCCAAAAUAGAGGGUUUGUUGCCCUCUACUCUCUAUGAAAUAACACUUCAUGGGCUGAUGGAAGGGACGCCAUCUUUGCCUCUCAGAGUUUUUACUACAACAGCGGGUUUGGAGCCGACGCUAGGAAACCUCAUCAUUUCUGACAUUACAUGGGACAGCUUCGUAGCAUCCUGGAACCCUACAGGGGAGGACUUUAACAGCUUUGUCAUUGAGGUAACAAACAUGGACGAUCUUGCAGAGGCACAAAACCUCACUCUAUCUGGGGAUGCUACAAGCCUGCUCAUCAGCGGAUUAAAUCCUAAUACCAGCUACAUGGUGGGCUUGUAUGGGACACAUCAGGGUUCAUUCCUAGAACCCCUGUACAGUGAAGCAACAACAGUUAUUCAACCAGUUGUUGGCAAACUGUUUGCCUCAAACUUUACACCUGAAAGCUUUACGAUCCACUGGAACAACACUGAAAAGCUGUUUGAUGGUUUUGUCCUGGAGAUAAUUGACUCAGACUGGCUCAUGGAGCUAAUGGAGUAUAAUAUAUCUCGUAAUGUAACGUCCAAAGACGUCACAGGGCUCAGGCCCAGCACUGAUUACAUAGCCUACCUCUAUGGGACGUACAAGGGAUCUCGGACAGGAGCUGUCAGUACUGUUGCAUCAACAGCUGAGGAGCCUGAUUUGUCCAAGCUAGUUGUUUCUAACAUUACCUCAGACAGAUUCUCUCUGUCAUGGCGAACAGGAGAGAAGGAAUUUGAUACAUUUAUAGUCGAAGUCAGAGAGUCUGCUUUGCCCUCGCAGGCGAUGGGGCGCACUUUGCCAGGAGAUGCUCGCUCUACUGUAAUGGCCGGGCUCAGAGCAAACACAAGCUACAACAUAAAGCUUUACGCCAGUGAAGGUGGCAGACAAAGCACACAGCCACUCCUGGCUGUAGCUACAACAGAGGAAGUGCCGCUGUUGGGGCCGAUAUUUGCUUCCUCUGCUAACCCCCAUUACCUCAGCUUGCAUUGGAAUACAUUGUCGGGCUCCUUUGAUGGCUUUGUCCUCCAGGUCAGUGACUCCGAGCAGCAAUCUGAUACGCUGGAGUUCAGACUACCUGGUGAAGCCCGUAACUUUACAAUCCCUAACCUGAUGGAUGACACAGGUUAUGAUAUCGAACUGUACGGUAUUUCUCAUGGGCGUCGCACUCCCUCUGUGUACGUCCAUGCUCUCACAGCUCCUUUACCUAAAGUGGAAAACUUGACCAUAUCCAACGUAACCCCCUACGGUUUCAGAGUGUCCUGGGAAGUGAAGCAGCACCCACUCCAUCAGGAGGACAUAUCCCCCUCUGGUGGUGGUUUUAGCCACUUUCACAUUGUGGUGACAGACUCAGGCUGGCUGUUGGAGCCUCAGGAAUUCACCGUACCAGGAGACCAGAGUCACCUGGACAUUUGGGGCCUCAUCACCGGCAUUGGCUAUGAGGUCAAGCUAACUGGGGUGUCUGAGUCGGGUCUUCUUUCUCGGCCCUUGACUACAGUGGCAGUGACAGAGGCAGAGCCGGAGGUGGAGCAUCUCUUCAUCUCGGACAUCACAAGUCAUAGUUUCCGGCUUUCGUGGGCGGCGGACGAGGACCAGUUUGACAGAUUUGUGAUCAAAAUAAGAGACAGUAAAAGAUUAGCUCAUCCGCGGGAGUACAAAGCGCGUGGCAGUGAGAGGACAAAGGUCAUCACUGGCCUUAUGAGUGGCACUGAAUAUGAAAUCGAGCUUUACGGCCUCACAUUGGACCAGCGUUCCCAGCCUAUAACUGCAGUUGCUCAGACAGGUCUGAGUGCUCCGAAAGGACUGCAUUUCACUGAGGUGACGGACUCUUCAGCUGUGGUUCACUGGUCCAAUCCACGCUCUCAGGUGGAUAGUUACAGGAUCACCUAUGUGCCCUUUGAAGGGGGAAGCCCAUUGAUUUUGAACGCAGAUGGCAGCAUGUCUGAGAUGCUUCUGAUCAAUAUGUUUCCUGGAAAGACCUACCAAGUGACUGUGAGUUCUCUGAAGGGUCUGGAGGAAAGCGAGCCCAGUACCGGCACUGUAACCACAGCUCUGGACAGCCCCCGGGGUGUGACUGCAGUAAAUGUCACAGAUACGUCAGCUUUGCUGUCAUGGCAGCCAUCCGUGGCCACAGUCGACGGCUACGUCAUCACCUACAGUACUGAUACAGUGUCCCCAGUGGUGGAGCAUGUUUCUGGGAACAUAGUGGAAUUCCAGAUAAACACCUUGGUUCCAGGAUCUCAUUACACCGCUGCCGUUUAUGGUGUGAAAGAAGCCCAGAGGAGUGAGUCCACUCUGACUGCAUUUACCACCGAUUUGGAUCCUCCUCGUGACUUGAUGGCUAAUAAUGUUCAAACUGACACCGCCACUCUGACAUGGAAACCGCCUACUGCUGCAGUCACUGGCUAUAUGCUAAGCUUCUCCUCUCCUGGUGGUGUAAUCAGAGAGGUGAUGCUAAGCCCGACAGCGUCUUCUUACAGCAUGUCUCAGCUAACUGGCUCUACGAAGUAUGAUGUUCGCCUCCAGGCCAUCUCCGGAGCUCAGAGGAGUCGCUAUGUAACCACAACCUUUUCCACCAACAAGGUUGGACAGUUGUACGCUCGUCCCUGGGACUGUGCUCAGAUUCUUCUGAACGGGGAGACCACCUCUGGUCUGUACACCAUCUAUAUAGGAGGAGAGGAGAGCCAGCCCAUUCAGGUUUACUGCGACAUGACCACAGAUGGUGGAGGAUGGAUGGUUUUCCUCAGGCGCCAGAACGGAAAGCUGGAAUUCUUCAGGAACUGGAAGAAUUACACAGCUGGCUUUGGGAACAUGAAUGAUGAGUUCUGGCUGGGUCUCUCAAGCCUCCAUAAAAUCACAUCUUUAGGACAUUACGAGCUGAGAGUGGACUUGAGAGAUAAUGAGGAAUCGGCCUACGCGCAGUAUGACAAGUUCACAAUUGCAGAGCCGAGAACACGAUACAAAGUCUAUUUAGGAGCUUAUAGUGGAACAGCAGGUGACUCCAUGUCCUACCACCAGGGCCGGCCCUUCUCUACGUAUGACAACGAUAACGAUAUUGCUGUGACCAACUGCGCCUUGUCCUACAAAGGCGCCUUCUGGUAUAAAAACUGCCAUCGUGUAAACCUCAUGGGAAAAUAUGGUGACAGCAGUCACAGUAAGGGGAUAAACUGGUUCCAUUGGAAGGGCCACGAACACUCGAUUGAAUUUGCAGAGAUGAAGAUUAGGCCAGCAAACUUCAAAAACCCUGAGAGCAGAAAAAAGAGCUCAUAAACUUGUGAAACCACCGCUCCCUACCCCCACUGCUCCUGCACCUUCUCAUCCCUUAUUUAGAAUCACUCUAAAAUACACAAACCAGAAAAGAGUCAUUUACUGGAAUCCAGUAGGCUACUGGGUUUUACGUAAAAGCCUGGUAUAAAUCGCAACAAAAGAUCCAGACAUGACUUUUCUAAUUUUCCCUUAUGUGUCAUGUGAUUUAUUUCCAAACAAAUUAGUUGUUGAUCAGUUGUCUUUUUAAGAGUCUUGUUAAAGAACAAUGAUGUGUUUUGGAAAACAAGCAACUGCAUAAGUGUAUAUACUUAAAAAAAAAAAAAAGGAUCCAAUAAAUUUGUGACAUUUCACAUCCCCCCCCCUGCUGUACCCCAACCAGUCAUGACAUAUGUUGGAUAACAUUUACAAAAAAAGCAUAAAGAUUCCUUUUAAUGAACAUAAGUUAAGUGUUUGUUGUAAAAACCCUUCGCCAACGUGCUUGCUGUUCAUAUUUCAUUUUUGAUUUGCUUUUUUGAUUGAAAACAAAAGCAUCUGGUGCUCUGUAUACAAAUAAAAAGGUUGGUUUGAU